AAGCACAGCCAUUGGUUCAUCUGGUGUUGGGAUGGGUUCAGUGGCACCUUAUUCAGUUGGGACAUGCCUCCCUUCCCUUCGACGCCUUCCUUCUCUGCAACCCCAAACAUGUAAUAACCAUUCAGAAUCACCACCUCUUGGUUGCCACCGCCACGUGAAGUGCACUGUCCAAGUCCAACCACAAGCAGCACCACCAGUGCUCAACAGAAGAACAACUCUUAUAAGCCUUCUUGCAUUGGAUGCUAUCCUUUCUCAUUCUUUACCCCAACAAGCACCAGCAGCUGAAGCUCCAUGUCAAUUUAAAGUCGCGUCUUCAGGCCUUGCCUUCUGUGAUAAACUUCUUGGAACAGGUCCUGAGGCCGUCAAGGGACAGCUUAUUAAG